GUGUGAGUGUGUGUGUCUGUGAGUGUGAGGCAUUGUGUAUAUGAGUGGGUGAGGCAGUGUGUGUGUGUAUAAGCGUGAGAUGUGUGUGUGAGUGUGAGGCAUGGUGUGUAUGAGCAUGAGUGGGAGGCUGUGUUCAUGAGUGGGUGGCAGUGUGCGUGACCGUGUGUGACACUGUGUGUAUGAGUGAGACUGUGUGUGUGACGCUGUCAGAGGCUGUGAGAGACACACAUUGUGUGUGUGUAUGAGACUGUGUGUGACACUGUCAGAGGCUGUGUGUGAGAGACACACAGUGUGUGUGUGUGUGUGUGUGUGUGUGUGUGUAAGAGAGAGAGAGAGGGGGGCUGUGCAUGUCCCCUCUGCGCCGGGGCCUCCCGGCCCUUCGCUACCCCGGAGAGGACAGAGCGCGGCGAGGAAGGCGCCGCCUGUUACGUCUGCCCGGCCGCCGCGCUCCAGCCCCGCGAGCGCCAGCGCUGCCUGCCCCGCCGCCUUGCGUCACUUCGCUUCAACUUUAGGCUAGAAAUCGAGGAGAGCGAGAGAGGAAGAGGGGGAGAGAGAGAAGUUUCAAGGGAAGCAGGAGCGAGCUGCCUUCCUCCCACCCACCUACCCUCCUCCUCUACCCCUCUCCUUCCCCAACCCCCGCCCCCUCCCCCCCCAAAAAACAACUUUUCCAUCCCAGAAAGAGGGAGCUCUCUUAGGAAACAUGGAGCUGCUGUGCUGCGAGGUGGAUCCCAUGAGGAGGGCUCUCCCUGACCCCAACUUGCUCUACGACGACCGCGUUUUGCACAAUCUACUCACCGUGGAGGAGAGGUAUCUGCCCCACUGCUCCUACUUCAAGUGCGUGCAGAAGGACAUCCAGCCCUUCAUGCGGAGGAUGGUGGCCACUUGGAUGCUGGAGGUCUGUGAAGAGCAGAAGUGUGAAGAAGAGGUUUUCCCCCUGGCCAUGAAUUACUUGGACCGAUUUUUAGCUGUGGUGCCCACCAGAAAGUGCCAUCUUCAGCUGCUGGGGGCCGUCUGCAUGUUCCUGGCCUCCAAGCUAAAAGAAACCAUCCCCCUCACUGCGGAGAAGCUUUGCAUAUACACGGACAAUUCCAUCAAGCCCCAGGAGCUGCUGGAAUGGGAGCUGGUGGUGUUGGGCAAGUUGAAGUGGAACAUUGCAGCAGUGACUCCACAUGAUUUCAUUGAACAUAUUCUAAGGAAGCUGCCUCUACCUAAAGACAAGUUGCUUUUGAUCCGGAAACAUGCACAAACAUUUAUUGCCCUUUGUGCUACAGAUUUUAACUUUGCCAUGUAUCCACCAUCAAUGAUAGCAACUGGAAGUGUGGGAGCAGCCAUUUGUGGCCUUCAGCUUGAUGAUGAGGAACGUUCUCUCUUUGGUGACAGUCUAACAGAACUCCUGGCCAAGAUCACAAACACAGAUGUGGACUGCCUUAAAGCUUGUCAAGAACAAAUCGAGUCAGUGCUAGUAAGCAACCUUAGGCAAGUCCGGCAGCAGCAACAGCAAAGCAAUCCCUCUAAGACAGUGGAUGAACUGGACCAGGCCAGCACUCCUACAGAUGUGAGAGACAUCAACCUGUGAGGACGUCAGCACAAAAAGUCAUGCUUGCUCCUUCCCCUUUCCUCACCCCCUCUUUUUGUGUGUUUUUUUAUUAAAUCUUUUUUUUUUAUCUGCUCCCACAUAGAAUGUAUUUAAAGCUCUUUUAGAUACAACAAAAAACUGAAUAAUUAAAAAAAAAAGCAUUUGGUGCCUGUGAUGUUCUACAGAAGGGAAUCCCACAAUAUAUUUGAUAAUUGCUGUUUGAUUAUGUAUCAAUGAUAUUAAAUGCUUAUAAAAGCAUAAAGAAGUAGCCAGAUAAAUGUAAGCCUGCAUUUGUGGGAACAAAGUAGAGUAUACUUUUUGUGUAUUAUGACCUAGAGCAUACACCCCCCCCCCCUUUUUUAGAUUUAAGAAAGGAUUUGUGUGUGCGGUUUUAUGGCUUAACUAGAUUGCAAAGCAAUAGAUUAAGGAGUUAAGGCAAAGUGGGAAAGAUCCCUGAAGCGGUUGAACCAUAAUGAAAUGCAAAAGAGAUUUGCUGAUCUGUCACCUCUGUUAUUAGUCAGAAGUGUUUGUUGGAUCUCUGUAUGUUAGUUGUGUUUACUCUUGCUGUCUGUGGUAGCUGCUACCUAAGAAAGAAGAUGCUUUAUUUUGCCAGCCGGAAGAGCAGGUGUUUUCUUUUUUUCUUUUUCUUUUUUUCCCUUCCCAUCGCUUCCUAUUUUUCCUCCAGAAAUGGCUUGUUUUAAACACAGCAGCAUCUUUGGCAUAAAAAGGUGAUCCUGCUUAUCCAACUGUGGGCCAAGCCAAAGUACUGAAUGUUCACAUUAGAUGGGGGAAAUACACUGAUUAAAAACAACCAGUCAAACCGCCUCCGAACAUUGGAUUCCAAGAUGCAAUGGAUCAUCUGAGAAAGCAUUACAUUCAUUCACAACGCUAAUGCUACACAUCAAGGGUAACUUUUGACAGCUCCUUAGCUUGGCGUAAAGGCAAUUAAAUGAUGCUCUGCCCAUCUUCCUUUUUAACAUGUCCUCGCUGUGUUAAAGAAGAUGAGAUUUUGUUUGAAUCCUUCUUCCCCUCUCCCCUCGAAAAAGAAAUGACAUUUUGCAACAUUGCAUUAACUUACUGGUCUACAGUUAGCAUUAUUGUAAACCAUUUCAUUCGAAAAGCACUUUGAAAAUUGUUCCUAAGGGAUAAAUGAGAUGGUUUAUGACAAUUGUGCUGAACAAAAAAAAGAGAGAGAGAGAGAGAGAAAAGAAAAAACCCACAAAAGUGAAGCUUAUAGAGCUUUUAAUAGUCGAUGUUUUCCAGUAUCUGGUGUACUUCAUUAGUUAGGGUGUUGCUGGAAAUUCCAACACCUGCUUCGGAUGACAUUCCUGUCAUGACAUUCCGGAUGAAAGUCUGAUAAUUCUUUGUAUUGUCUGAUGUCACAGAAGGAUCUUAAUACCACCUGCAUGUUUAUCUAUGGACAAUGAAAGAAAAUUGCUGGUGCAUAAGACAUGGUAACCAUCAAGAUGUGUGAUUAUGAAUUUUAUUACAAAGGUAUAUUCAGUGUACUUGAAUUUAUUUUUCCAGCUCCAUCUGUUUAGAAGAGGCAUUUAGAUGGUAAAGGAGUUGGGGCAACUUUUUUUUUUUUUUGCACAAUUGUAUUAACAGUUUGCAAAUAGACAGUAUGAAGCUGUUGGUUGAAAUGUUCAUGUUUGCAUUUUUUAAGAUAAAAAUCUAGAAAGAACAUGCUACUUUGAAGAAUAUUUUAUGAAUGGACACUGCCAUACUUGGCUAGAUGAGGGUAGAAAAUGGAAUAAGAAUCUAAGGGGGUUUUUUGGUUUUUUUUUUUCGCUGCUAAGAAGCUAUGAUUUGUUUCAUUCUUAUUCACAUUAACAGUACUUAGCUGUAUUGUUUCACUGAGUGUGCUGCUAUUUUAUAAACAUUUUUAUAAUAUAUUAUUUUACUGCUUAAAUUUCAAAUCCUGAAGUAGAUGGUUAAGUGGAGAUAUGAUGAGUUCUUUGAUUUACUGGAAAUGCCCUGUACAGUUUGUUUUGGUUUUUUUUUCUAAUAGCGUGUUCAUGAUUUUUUUUAUUUUAUUUUUCCUGAUCACAUCCUGCAAAGACGGUAUAUUUACCUCAGGUUUACUGGACAAAAAAUGGUUCCCAUUUUCACAAUACCUCACAAUUUACAGUUUUCUUUCUGCUGGGAGCCUCAUGGAAUGGUCAGUGUAAAAGGCAGCUGAAGCCUGUGUUUUUUUGGACAAAGCAUAGUUUCUUCAGUUGUGUUGGGGAACAAUUGCAGAAUGCAGGGGCAUCGGCUCCCUAUCGGUCUUAGGUAUCCUUUUCAUAGUGGAAAAAAUACAUUAACUUGAGGACCUGUUCAGCAAAGACUUCCCCCUUUAAGCCUCAAUCCUGGAAGUGCUUGUGACCCGAUUCUCCACUGCUGUCAUCUGUGCUUGAGCAAAAUGAGUAUCAAGUGUUACAACUGCACAAGUGGAAAAAAUGGAGUUGGUAGCAUCAUACAUCCACUUUUGCCCAGGUGCAAAUGACUGUUCAAAUGCACUAACCAGUGGGAAAUAAUACCUUUUGCCUGGUGUGAUUUUUAUCACAAUAAGUUGUCCCAUGGAGCUGGAUUGUGACUGGCAGCCUGUCUGCAUUGUUACACUGCCCCAGGAGCAGCAUCCUCAGAGCCACAGUUCUCCUGGUCUCCUCUGUGCUGCAGAAAGGGUCUAAACUGCAUCAGGUCUGUAUGCAGUGCACUACACAGCUCCUGAUGCACCAGUGCAGCUACCCUGAUAAUCACAUUUGGAUGGUGAAGCUAAGUCUCUGCCCCUUCCCAGCCACCUACGCAGAGAGGGGAUGUGGCAGGUCUGGUGCCUGCUUCCCCAUCCACAGUAUUAUCCCUCAUAUUCAUAAUUAGCUAGGUUAUAUUUGAGCCCUUGGAAAUCAUUAUGCCUAAUCAUUACUAGGGACCUAACUAAAUUAUGGCAGAAGUUCAUAGCAUAGUGGUACCUUUAAUUUCACUGUUUUUGCCAUACCCCUCCCGCUUCCCUGCUGCUGAGGUGCUGAGAGGCAAUUAAUGCCAUGGUUUUGCCUCUCGGCCACCUGACGGGGGGCACACAUCAAAAAGAACGAGAUUAAAGGUGCUGCUGCACUGCGAACUUCCACCAUGUUUUAGGUAAGUCCUUACAGCAGUGCAACCAUUCAGUAGCAUAAUCAGGCCUUUAAUUUGCAGUGGGUUUGGAACAGCCUAGUCCUGCUGUCAUCAGAGAGAGUUUUCCCUGAGUAUAGAUGACAGGAUUAGGCCCAGUAGUCUUCUCUUAGGGGCUGAGUGUCAAAAAAUAAAACAAAUGGUCUAAUAUUGCCAAGCUGUUCAAGUCCCAGAUUUUACAUACUUUCAACACUGUAUAUUGUAAUAAAAGACAGCUUAUUGGCGCUAUGGCAAAUAGUCUCGAUGCAACUUGAAAACAAACCUAGGUCGCAUUCCCACACGUUCUUUCAGUGGCACGCCAUGUGACUGUAGAUGGCUUUGCUAUGGGAAGGAGUUUGCAAUAUCAGAGUCUGAGAGACUUGAGAUUGUUUGAUUUUGUGAAAUAGUCCAAUUUUUCAAGAAAAUCAAAAACCCAUAGCAUGUUACAUUUUUUGGCAGAAAAAUAGAGGGCUGUUUUUAAGGGAGGGCUGGACCUUUUGCUCCAUGGUGUUUGUUUAGUUGUGAGCAAAAUCCUUGCCAUUUUCAGAACUGUAACUUGUACAUUUUGUCACUGCAAAGAUGAUUUUUCACAUUAAAAAUUGGUGAAACUCAGAAAUUCAGUCUGCUCUGAUGCAAAAUAAUCAUGUUGUAAAAAAUCAUGAAAAGUAAGAUUCUGGAACCACAAAAUAGCUCAUUUUUGUACAGCCCUGCUACUUAUAAGAACUUAAAAUGGUACAUAUUAUAUUUCAUAUGAAAGUAUAUCACAGUGAUUUGUAGAUUGUGGACCACAUUCUGUCCUGACUUGUACUCUUUAAAACUCCAUUGAUUUUAAUUGUGCUGUACGCUGUAAGUCAGCACAGCAUUUGGCCAUGUGUGCUUAUAGGGAUCACUUCAUUUGCUUUUGGCCUGGAACAUGGCAGUCAUUGUGUGCUAACACGGCUAAACAACUGCUUGUAGAAUAGAAACUAUAGGGAGAAUGUAGGUCAGCAGAAUGGACCAUAAUUACCCACAGUGGAAUUUGGCCAGGACAGCAAGGAUAAUUGGGAAAAGGGUCAUGGGAUCCUUAAUAACCACAGUGGUCAAGCCCCUGAUUUUUCAUUUCAUUCAAAAGACAGCACUUUUUGGAGCAUAGCUCCUCUUACCAUCAUGCAAGGCAUGGUUCCACUAUGGACUCAGAGGGGUGAAUGCUGUCUGCCAAAUGAUUAACACAACUUCUGGUGUUUAUAAUUUCUUUGGGGGUUCAUCCUCAAGACCCUUCUUAUACAGGCAGAUCUGUGCAGCCAGGUCCUGCCACCCAUGCCUAGCUGUAUAAACUUCAGUGGAAGGCACAGGGGUAUGUUUUAUGCAGAUCUGAGCGCAUGGGCAGGCUGAAACCAUGACAUUCAUUACACCAUUCUGGACCCCUACACACAGUACAGGAGACUUCCUUUUACAGGACCCCUGCACACAGUACAGGAGGCUUCCUUUUAUCUCUAAACACACCAACUUUGAGAGAAUUCUCCAAGUGGAAAAAUUAAUACAAUUCAUUCCCAAACCAAGAAUUAAUUCCCAAAACAGAAGAGGCCACUGAAAUUCUGUGACCCCUCACAGUUUAAGCUUGAAUCACAUUGCCAGUUUUCUCUUGUACUCAAUUCCGUAGGUUUUUUGCAUGGAUGGCAAAUAACACCCAAAUUACAAUAGGACAUUAUGUAGUGCCUGAUCCUGCAAACUCUUUUGCAUGGGAGUACAUUACUGAUGUGAGUGUCUCCAUUAAAGUCUAUGUCUCUUAUAUAAGUUUGCUUGUAUGUUCAAUGGAUCAGGUCCUUAGACCAUGAGAUCUUAUAUUACAGGGUUGUUAGUACCUUUGUGUUCUUUUAAAACUGAUGCUUACUGCAGAAUGGUAGAAUUAAAUAAUGUAUUUCUUUAAAGGUUGUAAUAGUACAACCUUUUGGUGGCAUUUUCUCCUCCAGGGGUAAGACUAGUACCCCCCUCUAGGGUGCUCUUCGUGAUGGAGCAGACUGGGCUCUUUAAUCGUGGUCAGCAGCCAGUCUAGGAUUGGAUGCCUGAUAGGUGGAUAAAUGGAUGCUCUCCUUUCCUCCGGCAGCUCCUGCAGCCAAGCUGGUUCCAGAUGUACUGGCACCUGCCCUGGAGAGGUCACUCCAAUUUUGCUUCAUCUUUUAAGCAAGGAUUAUGUUCAGUCUCACUCGGCGCAAUUCUAUUGUCACGCAAGACAGACAUGCAUAAACAGUAUGCGUACCUGCCAUCUAUAAUUGCAGCCCGUGUGCACAAUUUUGUCUUGCAUGGCCUGCCAUAUCUAAAGUAAAUUUUAACAAAUAAACAAAUAUGCUGGUUAGUGCAAUGAUGCAUUAAAACAUUUACUAUGCAUUUGGAAUCAAGGGGAAAAAGUUAUGAUGUGUUAAAAUAUGCAGCAUAGAAAGUACGUACAAUCUGGGCCCUAAACUUGACACUAUCAUGUAAAUGAGAGCUAUCAGACCUAUGCACAACUUUCAUAUUAAGCUAAUGACAGGACAAACAAUGUUGUUUUAUGUCUAGCAUCAAGAAUCCGUAAUUUUUCUACAGACCAAUUUAGGGAAAAAUAUAUUCUGGAGAUUGUAUCUUUGAGGGUUUACUAUAUUAUGGUGCACAUAAUGGCACACAUUUGUCAUAAUUAACCAAAUAUUUGGUAUAUGUCUCUACCUUCUGUAAGCUCCAUCACCAUAGUAUCUGCGUGCCAUAUAAAUUCUAAGAUAUUUUGUCUUUCCAACGUCUCUUCAUGGUAUGGAAGUGCUGUUAUCCCCAUUUAAUGCUGCUGAUCUUUGCUUGAAUAAUUGGACAGCUCUUUAGAUGCCAGCAAAUCACCUGGCCACUGGAUUUUUUCCACUAUGUUUAUUACCAUUUUAUCAUGUACCUCAGUAAUCACUCUCAGUUGCACAGUUUCUGUUCUCAAACCUUUUUUUUUUUUUGCUUUAACGAGUGUGAUGCCAUAUCAGUUCAAUGUUAUUCUCUCACAAUGUGCUCUUUAAGAGGCGUGGAUGUUUAUAUGGUCAGGGGAUGCUAGAGAGUGCGGUAGUAGACGUGAUCAGCGUAAACAAAAAAUAUGUAGAAAGUAUGUGAGAUUGUUUUUUUUUGAUGGAUAAGAUUCUGAUACAGUGUAGUUUCAGUUACCUUUUAAAAGGUCUUCUCUGUUCAGUGUUAAGUCAUUUUUAUUAAUAACCUGUUGUUUUGACUAGUUUAAAGAUGGUUUUAAGAAAAGUGUUUUGGUGGUAUUAGGCAUGCUGUAUGGACAAUAAACUCACCUUGACCUAAA